UUCCUAGAGAUGAAACCUGAAAAUAAAAAAGAAGAAGGCAAUUAUUCCAGAGUGAGGCAAUUUGUGCUCCUAGGAUUUUCUGACCUUCCAAAUCUCCAGAAGUUUUUAUUUGUCUUAUGUACCAUCAUUUACAUGAUUAUUUUUAUUGGAAAUAGCCUCAUAAUCAUAAUAACCAGGCUUGACACUGCUCUGCAAAAACCCAUGUAUUUUUUCCUGGCAAAUUUUUCCUUUUUGGAAAUCUGUUAUGUGUCUGUCACACUGCCCAGGAUUCUGGUGAAUCUCUGGACUCAGAAUAGAAGCAUUUCUAUCCUGAACUGUGCCACACAAAUGUGCUUCCUCCUUACGUUGGGAGCCACUGAAUGUUUCCUCCUGGCUGUGAUGGCCUAUGACCGCUACGUGGCCAUCUGUAACCCUCUGCACUAUCCUCUAGUCAUGAACCAAAAGAUGUGUAUCCAGCUGGCAGUUGGUUCCUGGGUCAGUGGGAUCCCUGUGCAGAUAGGGCAAACAUGUCAAAUUUUCUCUCUGCAUUUCUGUGAUUCUAACCAAAUUAACCACUUCUUCUGUGAAAUCCCCCCUAUUCUCAUAUUGGCCUGUGGGGACACUUCUGCACAUGAGAUACCUGUCUAUUUAGAAGCUCUGUUGUUUGGUGCAGCCCCUUUUAUGUUGAUUCUUGCCUCCUACAGCAAAAUCAUAUCCACCAUUCUGAGGUUGCCAACAGCCCAAGGACGGGCCAAAGCCUUCUCCACAUGUUCUUCCCACCUGCUGGUUGUUCUUUUAUUCUUUGGAUCUGCUACCAUCACCUAUUUAAGGCCCAAAUCCUAUCAUUCUGCAGGAAGUGACAAACUACUCUCUCUUUUCUAUACCAUCGUGACUCCGAUGUUUAAUCCCAUGAUAUACAGCCUUAGGAACAAGGAUGUUAUAGAAGCACUAAAAAAAUUAUCAUUUAUUAAAUGA